AUGACAACUGACAGGGAACACGUGGUCUGGUUCCCCAACUCAGGCUGUGGCGAUGACAACGCCAAAUCUUCACCACUUGACCCCUGGGGCUGGCUUGAUCCUUACACCACUGUAUUAUUUCCACAGUUAUGUGGUGACGGUUUUAUUGAGCUCCUCUUCAGUUUUAAGCUACUGAAAUGUAAAACAAACCCAAAAGCUUUUGUUCUGACUUUUGAUGUCCUCGGUAGGCUCAGGUCCCUUUGCCUUCUGGGCCACCAUGCUCUUCUGGAUGUGACUGGACAAGUGGCAAAGGCAAGACUUUUAGGAGAGGAGCGGACCACCAGGUACAACGGUGCUUUACCUAAUGGAGACAGAGGCCGGAGGAAAAGCAGAUUUGCUCUCUAUAAGCGGCCGAAGGCUAACGGCGUCAAACCCAGCAUGGUCCACGUGAUAUCCACUCCGCAGGCCUCCAAGGCUAUAAGCUGCAAAGGUCAACACAGUAUUUCAUACACUCUGUCAAGGAAUCAGACUGUGGUGGUCGAGUAUACACAUGACAAAGAUACGGAUAUGUUUCAGGUGGGCCGAUCAACAGAAAGCCCUAUCGACUUCGUGGUGACAGACACAAUUUCAGGCGGUCAGAACAACGACGAGGCGCAGAUUACACAGAGCACCAUCUCCAGGUUUGCCUGCAGGAUCGUCUGUGACCGGAACGAGCCGUACACGGCACGGAUAUUUGCAGCCGGAUUCGACUCUUCCAAAAACAUAUUUCUUGGAGAAAAGGCAGCAAAAUGGAAAAACCCCGACGGCCACAUGGAUGGGCUCACUACCAACGGCGUGCUGGUGAUGCACCCACGAGGGGGCUUCACUGAGGAGUCCCAGCCUGGGGUCUGGCGUGAGAUCUCCGUCUGCGGAGACGUGUACACCUUGCGAGAAACCAGGUCAGCCCAGCAGCGGGGAAAGCUGGUGGAAAGUGAGACCAACGUCCUGCAGGACGGCUCCCUCAUCGACCUGUGCGGGGCCACGCUCCUCUGGAGAACGGCAGACGGCCUCUUUCAGGCCCCAACUCAGAAACACAUAGAAGCCCUGCGGCAGGAGAUCAACGCCGCCCGGCCGCAGUGCCCCGUGGGGCUCAACACCCUGGCCUUCCCCAGCAUCAGCAGGAAGGAGGUGGUAGAGGAAAAGCAGCCCUGGGCCUACCUCAGCUGCGGCCACGUGCACGGCCACCACAACUGGGGCCACCGGAGCGACACGGAGGCCAACGAGAGGGAGUGUCCCAUGUGCAGGACUGUGGGCCCCUACGUCCCUCUCUGGCUCGGCUGCGAGGCCGGGUUUUACGUAGACGCAGGACCUCCAACUCACGCGUUCACCCCUUGUGGACAUGUGUGCUCGGAGAAGUCUGCAAAAUACUGGUCUCAGAUUCCGCUGCCUCAUGGAACUCACGCAUUUCACGCUGCCUGCCCUUUCUGUGCCACACAGCUGGCUGGGGAACAGAACUGCAUCAAAUUAAUUUUCCAAGGUCCAGUUGACUGAUGCCCUUGACAGCCGUUUAUGACUUUAUUAACAGGUUACUGUGAAGAUUUUACCACUAACUCUAGAUUUUACCUUUUUAUAAUGCUGUUUAUUAAGGGGAGGGGAACCUGAGGCUGGGAAAAAAGAGGGGACACGAUGAUGAAACAUGCCAGGAAUUUAACAGAUACCAGUGGUGUGUUGCAUGCUCCAAACAGUGGCAUCGUCAUUGAAGUCUGCUUGAUUAAACCAUACUAUCUUUGUAAUAAUUGGA